AUGGCGGGGCCACCGAAGAAGGUGGACAUAUUCGUGGAGCUUGGCAAGGAGGAGCUGGUAGCCUUCCAGGCACUGGCCCAAGCUGUCACUGUCCAGGCCAAUCAGGCCGCAACUCCUCAGCAGCAAGAAGGUGACUUAGCUGCUGCCAGAAUUUGUGACGUUAUGCGGAUGAGUUCUCCAGAGUUUUAUGGGUUAAAGGCAGGGGAAAACCCACAGUUAUAUCUUGAGAAGAUAAGGAAGAUCACACAGUAUGAGAAAGUUGUGUCGGGCUUAGUAAUGAAAGAAUACCGUACUGCUAUGUUGAACAAGGAGAUGGAUUUAUCUAGGCUGAUAAUCUAUGCGCAGCAAAUAGAGGAGGAUAAGAUAAGGGAAAGAGAUAGAGCAAGAGGUAACAAGAGAGCCGGGUCUGAACAGAGCGAGAGGCCUCAGCAGAGUGUGAGCAACAAGCCCAACUUCCCUCCUUAUGCCAAGUGUGGUAGGACUCAUUCGGGUGAGUAUUUAGCUGAACAGCGUGGUUUUUUCGGUUGUGGUAAGAUAGGCCAAAGGCUUAGAGAGUGA